GACGACGGUCGCGUCAUUCCCUGGGGUUCGUCCUUCGGUGGUGGUGGGAUUAGCCGAUCGAUACAAGAGCAACUGCAGGGCGUGGAGCAGAUUCAAUCGACGCGACAAGCUUUCGCUGCGAUUCGGGCUGAUGGUAGCAUUGUUACCUGGGGCAAUGAAUAUUACGGCGCCAGUGGCGAAAUGGCAGAGCAACUGGCUCAUGAGGAGAUCCGUGAGAUCGCUGCAUCCUUCCGUUCGUUCGCAGCGAUCCGCCGGGAUGGUUCAGUGGUGACCUGGGGCCCUGCGGAGUGCGGCGGGGACUGCCAGGCAGUGCAGGAUCAGCUGCGGGACGUGCGGAAAAUCCAAUCUACUUGGCAGGCGUUUGCAGCCUUGCGAGCAGAUGGGCGUGUGGUGACCUGGGGUGAUCCUCAGAGUGGCGGAGACAGCAGCGAGGUCCAGGAAGAACUCGUAGAUGUCCAGGAGAUCCAAUCCUCGUCCCGGGCCUUCGCCGCCUUGCGAGCGGACGCGCGAGUCGUUACCUGGGGGCAUCCGGAGUGUGGCGGCAACAGCAGCAGAGUCUUGGAGCGCCUCACUGACGUGGUGCAGAUCCAGGCGACGGCACGCGCGUUUGCUGCGAUGAGAGCUGAUGGCACGGUCGUCACCUGGGGUGUCGCCUGGGAGUACGACAGCGACGUGGACAGCAGCGAGGUGCAGCACCUGCUGCAUGACGUCAUGGCGCUGCAGGCGACGGAUGGCGCAUUCGCGGCGGUGACGACGCGGGGGGAGGUGGUCAGCUGGGGUUCCUCAGAGGAUGGAGGUGACAACAGCAGCGUCCAAGAGCAGCUGCAGAGCUUGUGAUCAAA